AUGGAUCCCAGAGUCGGAAUCGCUGUGUUCGUCCUGAAUGCUCAGGGCAAAUUUAUUGUUGGAAAGCGAAAGGGAAGCCAUGGCGCUGGUACAUGGGCUCUGCCCGGUGGACACCUGGAGUUCGGCGAAUCGUUUGAGACCUGUGCGGCGCGCGAGACACUUGAAGAAACAGGUCUGGAGACUCGGGAUCCGCGCUAUUUGAAUGCCACAAAUUCGGUCUUCCAGGCUGAAAAUAAGCACUAUAUCACCAUUUUCAUUGGGGCUGUUUGUGAAGAAGGAGCUGAGCCGAAACUUCUGGAACCCGAGAAGUGCGAGAAAUGGGAAUGGGUGUCGUGGGAUGAGUUGAAGACGUUUGGACAAGCUGGCAGCGAGUUUGAGGGACGAGAAUUGUUUUUGCCUGUGACCAGCUUGUUUGAACAGCGCCCUGACUUUCGAGUGUAA